AUGGAGCUAUCAAGAAAGAGUUCUGAAGUGUCCAUCUCUUUUCUCCCUGUUUGCGUUGAAGUUACAAUUCUUCUCACAGGCUUCAACUUGCAGGGUCUUAAUAUAGCAACAGCAACCUCUGUUGUUAGAGGAAAUGACACUGAUCAACAAGCUUUACUCCAGUUCAAGGCCAAGAUAACAGGUGAUCCGCUCAAGAUCAUGGAGUCCUGGAAUAGCUCCAUUCACUUCUGUCAGUGGCGUGGCAUUACAUGCGGCCGCAAGCAUCCGAGAAUCACCAAGUUGGAACUGCCAUCCCUCAAACUUUCAGGAUCUUUAUCACCCUACAUCGGAAACUUGAGCUUUCUCAUGGAGUUGAAUCUUUCGGGCAACGGCUUCUACAACGAGAUUCCUCAAGAAAUUGGUCAUUUAAGAAGACUGAAAACAUUAGAAAUGACGAAUAACUCCGUCAGUGGUGAAAUUCCUUCCAAUUUAUCAGCUUGUUCAAAGCUUAUAUGGCUUCAUAUGGCAGACAACCAGCUAACAGGAGAAAUUCCUGCUUCGUUGGGUCUCUUGUCAAACCUGAAAGUGUUAGGGGUUUACGACACCAGGUUAACAGGGAGUAUACCACCUUCAUUAGGGAAUUUAUCAUCCCUGGAGACAAUUUCUUUUGCUUCUAACUCAUUAAGUGGAAUUAUACCUGAAGCACUUGGACGGCUGACAAAUCUUUCAUUUUUCGCCGUUGGUGAAAAUGAAAUAUCUGGUAUUGUUCCGGUCUCAAUGUUCAAUCUCUCGAAUCUUAUGGCAUUUGAUAUUGGUGGAAACAAGAUUCAAGGUACUCUUCACUCUGACAUAGAAUUCACUAUGCCAAAUGUUGAGAUCUUUUCCAUACGAGGAAACCAAAUCUCUGGACAAAUUCCGAUUUCAAUAUCCAAUGCCUCAAAUCUGAAUGUACUCCAAGUUUAUGAUAACAGACUCAGUGGAAGCGUGCCUUCAUUAGAAAAGCUGGAUAAACUAAAAAUACCGCCUCAAGUACUUGGGAUCCCAUCCUUAACUAUUUUGCUAAUCUUAUCAUUAAACCAUUUAACUGGUGAGCUUCCUGUUGAAGUAGAAAAAUUGAAAAAUCUAGGUGAAUUGGAUCUUUCUCACAACAAAUUAUCUGGUAUGCUUCCAAAAAGUCUUGGUAGUUGUGCAAGUCUAGAGAAACUGUUUUUGGAAGGCAAUUUGUUUGAAAGGUCCAUUCCAUCAUCUUUGAGUUCAUUGAGAGGCCUUGAGGCAUUGGAUAUAUCUGACAACAAUCUUUCAGGUGAGAUUCCCAUAUAUCUUGUGAACUUUGGGGCAUUAAAGUUUUUAAACCUCUCUUUCAAUGAUUUUGAGGGGGUGUUACCAAGUGAAGGAGUCUUCAAGAAUUUAUCAUACCAAAGUCUCCUAAGGGCUACUGAUGGAUUUGCCACACAUAAUUUGGUUGGUUCAGGAAAUUUUGGUUAUGUGUACAAAGGAAUUCUCGAAGAGAGUGGUGUAUCUAUUGCAGUAAAGGUACUAACAGCCGUUUCGGGGGUCGAUUACAAAGGCAAUGAUUUUAAAGCCUUGGUUUAUGAGUUCAUGCAAAAUGGAAGCUUGGAGGACUGGCUGCAUCAAUCGAUCACCAUGAAUGAACCAGAGACAAGUACGAAACAUGAAUUUCUUUCAAAGAUUUAA